GGCUCACCAAAACGAGCCACAAAAACAGCCAUUUCCUCUUGGUGGGGAGGUGGGGGGGCCUUUUCCUCACCGCAGUGGCUGUUCUCAUCCCGGCACUUACAGCUCGGCUCUUCGGAGAGGGACAGGACAGAGCAACCUUCUCGGGAUACUCCAAACUUGCAGAUCACUUUUGGGAUGAUCGCGUUCCCCUCUGGCUCAGCUAGGCUUUGAGAGAAUUAUAUCUGUCACCGUUUGCAGGAUAUUCUGAAGUUUGCACCCAAGCCCAGGCUUUGGAGCAGCACUGGUUGGCUUGGAGGACUCGGAGCUCGGCAAGCUACAGCGAGCAUCCCAUCCCACCUCUGCCCCAGCUCACCUCUCCUGCCCCGAGACUGGAUUCUGUCUGGAUUCACCCCUUCCUACACGGCAUGGACCUCCCUGUCAUCCACUUCACCACAGGACUGGCUUUACUUAUCAAAGUGCAAGAAGGUGGAUAAGUCAACGCUGGGAAAGACCUAACAAAGCUUUUUUGGAUUAUUUUAUGGAAUUCUCCUAUCUACCUCACAAAAUUCUCAUUUCCUUGGUCAGAAAUCCCUCUGGAGUUGACUUCAAGAAUGAACGGUGAUGUCCUCUAGCGAUCCAUAACAGCCCAGUGCAGCCUCCUGUUCCCAGCCCAGUUUCAAUGUUCUGCAGCUGACUGGGACCUCGUGUUGUCUGCAAUUAAGAGACUGGUGGCAGGCUGACAGAUAUGACUGUCCACAAACUGGUAGCCACAGCUGUGUUGGUAGCCCUGGUGUCACUCAUCCUGAACAACGCGGCUGCCUUUAGCCCCAACUGGGUGUACCAAACCCUGGAGGACGGGCGCAAGCGCAGCGUGGGGCUCUGGAGGAUGUGCUGGCUGGCAGAGCGGGGCAGAGGGGCUGCCGGCACCAGCGCCAGGCACGGCCAAGGGGAGGAGCAGCAGUGUGAAGCCCUGGGCUGGGGCUCAGAGUCGGCUGGCUUCCAGGAGUCACGCAGCACUGUCAAACUGCAGUUCGACAUGAUGCGUGCCUGCAACCUCAUCGCCACGGUGGCCCUGACUGCCGGCCAGCUCCUCUUCGUCCUGGGGCUGAUGGAGCUCCCCCUCGUCUCCCAGGAUACCCAGUGGUGGGAGGAGGCCAUAGCUGCUGUGUUCCAGCUUGCCAGUUUUGUCCUGGUUAUCGGGCUGGUGACGUUCUACCGUAUCGGACCAUACACCAACCUGGCAUGGUCCUGCUACCUGAACAUUGGGGCCUGCCUUCUGGCCACCCUGGCAGCGGCCAUUCUCAUCUGGAACAUCCUGCACAGGCGCGAGGACUGCAUGGCGCCCCGCGUCAUCGUCAUCAGCCGCACCCUGAGCGCGCGCUUCCGCCGCGGCCUGGAGAACGACUACGUGGAGUCGCCGUGCUGAAACGCACUGCAAGCGGAAAGAGCUCCACGGACACCUGCACUGGAGUUAUUCUCUAUAAACACAGGCUAGAAUUUAAGGGUCGAAAGACAUCACAAUGCUCACUUGUGUGGGCAGAGGCCCUUGAUUAUUAUUCGGAUGGGCUCCAUCUAUAUACA